GCCCACAUAAUGUAGGUCCUCUUUGCCACGUUUGCUAAGCACCGUGUCUGCCUGUCGUCGUCUACUUGGUCUUUAAAUCGUGCCUAAAAUGAAGGGUUUUGCGGUAAUUUUCGCCGUUUUGGCGGCCACUGUUCUUGCUGUAGAUGUUGAGAUGGAUGGGGAUGUUGUCGUUCUGACGGACGGGACUUUGGCUGACUAUGUUGGCGAAAAUGCUUAUGUGCUGGUUGAAUUUUAUGCCCCCUGGUGUGGCCACUGCAAAGCACUGGCACCAGAAUAUGCCAAGGCAGCCACCUCUCUCAAGGAAUCCAACCCUGACAUCAAGUUGGCCAAGGUGGAUGCUACGGAACAGGCCGAAGUAGCCAAAACGUACCAAGUGCGCGGCUAUCCCACCAUCAAGUUCUUCAAGAAUGGCCAGGUCAUUGACUACAGCGGCGGACGAACCUCAGAAGAGAUCAUCACGUGGCUCAACAAGAAGACCGGCCCCCCUGCCAAAGCCGUUGAGACAGUGGAGGAGGCAGAGAAACUGGAAGCAGACAACGAGGUGGUGGUCUUUGGCUUCUUCAAGGACAAGGAGUCGGACAAGGCCAAGGCAUUCCUGGAGGUGGCCUCGGGGAUGGAUGACGUCAUCUUUGGCAUCUCGUCUUCAGAGGACGUCUUCAAGAAGUACGAGACGAGUGAUAACAGCAUCGUCUUGAUGAAGAAGUUUGAUAACAAGCGUGAUAACUUUGAGGGUGAAAUGACUGCAGAAAAUAUCAAGACAUUCGUGUUGAACAACCGUCUGCCCCUUGUCAUUGAAUUCACCGAUGAGAGUGCACCCAAAAUCUUUGGUGGGGACGUGAAGGUACACAACCUGCUCUUCAUGGGCAAGGAGGAUGAGAAAUUUGCAGAAGUCCACUCAGCUUUUGGUGAAGUUGCCAAGGAGAACAAAGGAGAGAUGCUUUUUGUUCUGAUCAACACCGAUGUGGAGACAAAUGCCCGCAUCACAGAAUUCUUUGCCAUCGCUAAAGACAGCCUUCCCACCAUGAGGAUUAUUGUCCUGUCCGAUGACAUGAAGAAGUACAUGCCAGAAUCAACAGACAUGACCGUAGAAACUAUCAAGAAGUUUGUAGAUGACUACAAGGAGGGCAAACUUAAGCCUCACCUCAAAUCGGAGGAAAUCCCAGAGGACUGGGACAAGGAGCCAGUCAAGGUCCUCGUCGGCAAAAACUUUGCUGAUGUUGUCUACGACAAGACCAAGGACGUAUUGGUUGAGUUCUAUGCACCAUGGUGUGGCCAUUGCAAGAAGCUGGCCCCUAUCUACUAUGAACUGGGCAAAAAGUUUGCUGACCGUGAGGACCUCGUUAUCGCCAAGAUGGACUCCACAGCCAAUGAAGUUGAAGGGGUUUCAAUUGGCGGCUUCCCCACGUUAAAAUUUUUCAGGAAAGAGACCAAUGAGGUGGUUGAUUACAAUGGGGGUAGAACGCUGGAAGAUCUCUCCAAGUUCCUGGAGUCGGGAGGAGUUGAUGGUGCAGGCCCAGAGGAUGAUGAAGAGUUUGAUGAAGAGGAGGAGGAGGAAGAGGAAGGAGACCAAGCCAAGGACGAGCUGUAGACAGGUCCUUGUACUCUUGUCUCCUCGCAGACGUCCUCGCCAUUCUGGCAUCAUCCAGGCGUCUUCUUCAGAUCUACAUCAUUUCCCGCCGUCAGUCCUUCCCUGGUAUUGUGCAGCCUUCGUAUGUGGAUUGAAAAUAAUGUGUAGCAAACUUGCAGUAGUCUGUGGUAGGAUGUAUAUUUUUAGCCGUUUGGGUCUUUAAACAAAAUAUUUUUAUUCAGUUGAUUUUCCUAAGAAGCUGUUGUAGAGAGAGAGUACUUUUUGUAUUUUAAUACUGAAGAUACAAUUUUGCACAAGCGACAAGGCUUACAAGUGCCUUUCAUAGGAGAGAAACAAGACCUCCUCUGCUCAGCUUCCUAUGAAAGAAAAUUUCCGCAGUGUUUAGUUGCCUAGGUAACAGUGAUUACACAAUACCAGGGACUGAAUGGCAUUCAAACCUCCGUGAUUUCUCUUCUCUUCCAAAAGAUUUCAUUUGGGUAUUUUGGUAUGAAGGAUCAUUUUGUUUGUUUGUUUUUUUUUUUUUUUGGCCCCGGUUUCUUACUGAUUGUUCAGAGGUCUUUUAAAAACUGGCUUGCUCCUGUUCUUCAUAGUGGUGUUCUAGGAAGCUCUGCAUCAAUUGUUGUUUUUCUCCGGGCUUUGUAAAACAUUUCCGCCGUUGUCGUUAAAUCCGAUGUUGAAUACGGUCACUGCCAAAAACCAGACUGGGAUUCGAUUGCAUCAUCCAUUGGAACAAGGGUAUUAUAUAAGCCAGAAAAAAAUGUGGGGAAAAAAAUAUCUCUAUGUGAACGUAAGUUGAGAACCGAUAUUGCAAGCGAAUGCAGUAGCAGUUUGAGUGGUAAUGAAUUAUGUAAGCACUCAGAUUUUUCCGUGUGGUCUUUGCCACAUCAUAUUUUGAUUGUCUGAAUUACAUUUUCACGAUCAUUGAGGAUGCUUUCAUUGUGAAUUUUAAUGCUUCCAUUUCACAGAUUUGCUGUGCAGUUUCUCUCGCUUGCGUACUAGUUGACUGCAUAGUUUCUCUGUGAAAGUGAAAGAUUGUGUUUGAUUUUUUUUUUAAUUGUUACUGUUCUUGUUUGCUUCCCAGAGAUGAAUCUUUUAGGGCUCAAUUUCAUGAUGUGAGGAGAGCAAGUAAAAAUGCCGUUUUCAUAUUAAUAGUUGCAACAAAAACAAGAUGAAAUGUUUUUUGAACAUAUCAGUUUGUUUCUGUUUGCUGGGCACUAGUGCUGCAUUUUUAGGUAGGAUAUCCUCACUUCAUGUAAUUGAGCCCUCAGCAAAAUUUAAAUUACUUCAUUUAUUAGAAUAAAUGUAUAUUCCUUUUCCCCCAAAUAAACGAUUUUGGCAGUCUUUUUGUUGUUUUUUUUAUAAAAGUAAAGGAUUUUUGUCCAGUAAUUUUGUGAAAUAAGUAUGUUUUGUUAAUCCCAACAAACAUAGUGAUUAGCAUAGACAUAAUUUAUUGCAUUUGAUACAGACUGGUCAAGCAACAUGUUGAUGCAUUGUUUGUGGAUUUUAUGUUUAACCGGAACCCUAACAAAUUGUUCACAUCUUUAACAAUAAACAAGGUAAAGUUUGAGAGGGGCAGCGGUUUUUCACUCCAAGGACAUAGAAAAAAAGUGAAAUUCUGAAUAAAAAAGGUGUCCAACAAAUCAA